GGAAGGCGGGCGGGGAAGGAAGCGGAGCUUGGGAGCGCCGGACUUGGCCAGCUGACGCGGCCGGCUUCGGGCGCGCGUUCUCCGGUGCAAGCCUCGAGGGCAGGCAAGGGCGAGCGAAGUCCCGCCGGCUCCGGGCUUGGCACGUUGCAGGGGACAGGCGCGCCGGCGCAGGGCAGAGCCCGGCUCAGCUCAGCUCAACUCGAGGGGCGCAGCGCCGGCUGGCAAGUUUGCUGGCUGGCAAGUUUGCUCCCGACGCGAUCGACGGCGGCCUGCCCAGGCACUGCCCGCUUGGGAGUGUGUGCGCGCUCGGCUCUCCGGGGGACGCGCCGGGCUUCUCUCCGUCCUGGUGGGGCAUGUGGACAUGGCCGGUGACAGGAGCCCUGGGAUCUGGUGCCGGCGGCGCUUCGGGCUGCUGCUGCUGGCCACGGCGGCGGCCGGGCUGUGCGGCGGAGUCUCUGGAGGGAAGAAUCCCAGCUGCCACGAAGUGAGGACGGCGUUUCAGAUCCGGCAGAUCGGCCCCCUCAAACUGGUCCCCGAUGUCCCCACGGCUGAAUCCAACUUGCAGAUCUGCCAACACAGAGCACCAACUUGUUGCACUAAGAAGAUGGAAGAAAGCUAUCAAGCAGCUGUUCGGAGAGAGAGGAUGGAGAACAUCCAGACUCUAAAUUUUGAACUGAAAUAUAUGAUUGUUGGUCACAUCACAGCUUUUCAAGCGGCCUUUGAGUCAUUGCUUCGCUUGGCUGAGAACCACACGACUUCUCUGUUUGAAACUGUCUAUAGAUCCAUGUCAAAGGAGGCACUUGAACCUGUCAAAGAGCUCUUUACAGACAUCUCUCUCUACCUCUUGGGUGCUCAGACCACAGUGGAAAGUGCAUUUUCCCGGUUCUUUGACAGCCUCUUCCCUUUGGUUUACAGCCACCUAAUAAACCCAGGAAUUACAGAUUUGUCAGAAGAGUAUACAGAGUGCCUGAGGCUUACGCGGCAAGAUAUCAACCCAUUUGGACGCUAUUCGAAAGAAGCCAUAAUAGAGCUGGCAAAGUCUCUCUGGGCAAGCAGAAUGUUUAAUCAGGCCCUUGGGAUAGGCAUUGAAGUCCUGAAUGCCACCGAGCAUGCCACUUUGACAAAGGAGUGUAGCCGAGCAUUAGUGAAGAUGCAAUAUUGCCCUCAUUGUCAAGGCCUGACACUCAUCAGGCCCUGUGAAGGAUAUUGUCUAAACGUUAUGAGGGGAUGUUUUGCCAGUGUAUCAGAACUGGAUGCUCAGUGGAGGGAGUAUAUUUAUACCCUGGAAUAUCUUACUAAUGAAAUGGCUGGAUCUCAUGAUUUGGAACUGGCACUGGUGGGUAUUCGGUCCUCAGUCAAUGAGGCCAUCUUGUAUGCACAACUGAAUGGACCACAGCUGUCUGCAACUGUUGAUAAAGUAUGUGGACAUGCUGAAGAAAAAGAAACAAAACCUUCACCGGACAAUAUAGUACAAGCAAAGGAAAUACCCGAAACGCAGUCUCUCACAGUGGCACAGUCCUCUGUUCUAACCAAUAAAAGGAGUUCUCUGCCUCUGAAAGCUUCAAAGAAUGACAAAUCCAGAAGUUUGAAAAAAAUGUCCCGGGAGUUCAUCAGCUACAUGAAACGAUCCAGAACUCUUUACGCCUCUUUAACGGAACGACUCUGUGAUGGGGAUCUGGUGAUGAAAGACAGCUCAACUUGCUGGAAUGGAGAGGAUGUUGUAGAAAGUUAUACUAGCAGAGUAGUCACCAAUGGACUGAAGGCACAAAUUAAUAACCCAGAACUGAAAGUCCGAGCACUGGACCUGCACAUUCGCAGCUUAAUUGAUAAACUGCAGCAUUUUAAUCAGCUGGAGACAAGCAAGACGAAUUUCAAAUCUGAAAGAUGGGCAUCUCGAGAAGGUGGCAGUGGUGGUGGAAGGAGUGAAGAAACAGAAUCUAGUGGAGACUGCGAUGAUGAGGAUGGGUGCCAAGGAUCGGGUGAAAAGAGCCGCACAACAGAUGAUCUCAGAGGUAAUCCAGGAGAUAGGAAUGGAUCCAAUGCAACGGUGAAAAAGGCAAACUCCACAGACACCAUUAUUGUAAAAUUGCCUCCUAAAGAUAACAGGGGCAAUCAUCCUAUGGAUAAUCGAGUUUCAACCUCCUUGCUGUUCACUUUCACAGCCCUGGCAGUUUUGUGGCAUUCUUUGUUAUAGCUGCAUUAUAUUGCAUUAACUGUGCAAGAAUUUCUGCUCACUGUCAUUUUAUACCUACAGCCUUACCCAAGUGAAAACAAAGUUAUAUGGCUCUCUAAAUGGUACACUCUAGUAGUAUGUGGUAUAUUAGUAAAAGCGCUAAACAUUAGUCUGGGACUGGCUAACAGAAAGCAUCAGUGUGUACAUGAUGUCUGGAUGGUUUUUGAGAGCAUCUUAUCUUUCAAGAUGUAAACAGGAUGAAGACAGGAACCCUGAGUAGGUUAAGUUAUUGCAAUAGAUACAAUUAAGAAUGUUGACGUUGUAAAUUAAUAUGUUGGAAUUUCCCCGUCUGUCUGAUCUUUCACAUGUUUUCCUUUGAAUAAUCCGUUUCCAGGAGCAGUUCUAUAGUAAGUUAUGUCUCUAGGGAUCAGCCACUAUAUGUUAAGUGAAGUACAGCACUAUCUACCAGUUGGAUAAAAUUCCUACGUGGUACAAGAAGACUGUAGCAUGUUUGAAUCUCUUGUGUUUUUUUCUCCCCUUUUUUAAUGUUUAGAACGUAGAAAGCAAUAUAACAAACAUAUGCUGUGUCUAAUGUAUUGGUAGUUGCCUUAACCAUUUAGAAAAAUAUAGAAACAUUUCCUGAGUUAUUUUGAAACAUGCAAACAUAUUUUCCUUGCCCAUAUAUUUCAUUACCAUAUGCUUAAGACUAUGUGAAUGUCUGACAAAUACAGGGGGAACAGUAAUAGACAGUGGAAACAAAGAAGUCAAGCAUCCAUUGCUUGUGUGGUACAAGAAUGGAGAUUUUCAUACAGAGCUGUGGAAUGCACAUCUGAGGAGGGAAGUGAGUGUCUGGAGUUGGUCCCUCAGGCCCGUCACAAGCAAGUGAUUGGAAUCGUCACAGCUGACAGAGCUACCAUCUGUUUGUGAAUGAGUGCUCUCCCCAGUCCAGUAACACGAGUUCCCCCUGGCAUGAUCCAGACAUGGAUCUGUAUUUGGAUUGCCCUUGCUGAAUUGGGGCAAAAGUUUAUAUGUCUGCCAGAAGGUAAUGGUCUCUCCUUUAUUCAAGAGGGGUACUGAUGCACUGUAGAUCUGUGAAUUACAGUGUACCCUAUACAUUGGAGACUAUUUAAUUACAUUUAAUGUUUUAUUCUGCUAUGAUAGGAAAAAUAAAUAUGAACAAAACAUCCACUUAAAAUGGAGGGAAAUCAAUUAUUUGCCAUUUUCUCUUUCAUAAGUAUUUUCAUUCUGCCCAUUUUAUUUUGAGAAGGACUUUUUAAUAAAUGCAAUUGAUGUGUUUUACAGCAUGACAAGGAGGUACAAUUUCAUCAUUAGAUGGGAGAGGGCUAAUAUGUGUAUUUUUGACAACUGUUUUUACAAUGCCAUUGAAAAUCCAUACAAUACAAUCUGAGUAGAAUUAACAGUGAUAAUAUGUCUCAGAUUGAUAUUUACUAACAAAGCAAAUUAUUCAUCUGAGUAGUUGUUUUCGUGAAACAAAACAUUACAAUGUACAGUUUUAUAAUAUAUAAUGUAAAAUAUUUUCCUUUAACUUGUGCGUGUGUUAUAUGUGUACAAAAACAAUUCUUUCAGCAAUUUGAUUUGCAUAAAAGAUAUAUUCAGCCCAGUGCUCCAAACCUUGUAAGCAAUUGUAUUUAGGAUCAAACUAUAAGACACGUCUAGGCAAUUACUCCUUGUUGCGGAAGUUCUGAUGUGCUCAAGGGAUCUCCACUGCAAUAUUCAGUUCAAUUGCAACACCCCCCAUGUGCAUGGAGCUGCAUGGGAGCAAAGUAUCUAGAAUUCAGUGUAAAACCAAACACUGUCUUUAGCCUCUUGGUUGUUCUUAUUAAAAGCCUGAAGACUUUGUUUCAA